UAUCUGUGAAACAUGUACUAUCAUACAAUGCAAAUAUUAUACUGUCAUCAUUCACUCGGACACAUAUCUUUGUUGACAACAUCGUCUCUCGCUAUCUCUCCUCACGUCGACUCUCCUCUACUCGCCGUCACUCCCCUGUAAAGACACCGGCCAGAGACAUUCGAUAGCUACAUCUCCGUCGCACCCAAACCAGCUUCUACACAAGGUUGGCCUAUUUUUAGCCCUUUCUUCGAUUAUACAGGUGGGUAUUUUAUACUUUCAUUGAUUUGUUUUUUAAAACAUCAUAUUUUCAGUUGUUUCCUUUAAUUUAGUUAUUUCUUCCAUUCACGUUUGAAAUUCUUUGAAAAAAAUAUUUUAUUUUGCAAUAUAACUAUAAAAAAAUCAAUGUACUUAAAAAGUACAUUGCUAUACUAGAUAUGUGUGAUCAAACUUGGUUGUUAUUUCCUACUUUAAUUCAAAUUUGAAAUUACCAUUCUAUUUUUGAGUUCAAUCCAAAAUACCCACCUGUUUACAUAGCUCAGCCCAUCAUGAUUAUUUUUAUUCAGUUUCCUUUUUUAUUAACGUGAAAUGUCUACAGACUGAAAAUUGUUUCCGGCUUCUACACAAGCUCGGAUUAGGCUUCUACACUCACCUUAAAUCCAAACUUUCUAUACUUGUGUUCUAACUAUAUGUUAGUGUAUAAUUGUGUACUUGUGUUCUAACUAUAUGUUAGUGUAUAAUUGUGUAUGUCAUAUGUAUUUCUCUUUUCUUCUGUUAUGUGUAUGAAUGGUCUGCAACCAAAACAACACCCAUCAUUGAUAAGAAUUUUCUAAUCAUUUAUAUGUAAUUGAUUCUGUUUAUGCUAUAUUCAAUGAGCAUACGGGCAUCAACAUCAUCAUUACAAGCCAAAUAAUAUUCAUUUUUCUUAAAACUAACAAGUUAUAAAAAAAUUAACAAUCUUAUUUCUACUAACACUUGUUGCAUACUAUUUUAAAAUUUUCAAACAUAAUAUAUGAAACAAAUACACGGUAAAUAUGUAGAUUCUAUCCUUCCAAUCGGUGAGAAACGUGGGAUUUUAUUUAUUACUAUCGGAUUUUUUACUUAAGAUUGUCGGAUGUCUUCAAAUUAUGGGUUAACCGAACAAUCGAAUAUCAUAUUUUAUCUGUAUGGGUUAUCGCCCAUGCUAAUUCUAAUUAGAGAAAACUAUAAACUACUUAUAUCAAAUAAGCAGUGUUGUAUAUAUAUGCAGAGAAUAAGUUUCUUAAACCAAAAAACGGCAAUGUACUUACAUAAAUAAUUUUUUUAAUAAACCCGUGUAAGACACGGGUCUCACACCUAGUUUUUAAUAAUCCCAAACACCCUCUAAUUAUUCACGGUUUCAAUUGCUUGCAACGUUUCAUCACUCAUGGAGCAUAAAUCACCCUAAAAUUUGCUUGCAAUUGAAGACAAUCAUCCUAUGAUCACCACCGCAGAUGCAAAUCUAAGCUCUCUCUCUCUCUCUCUCAACCAUCAUGUUUGGAGCUCAAUAAGGGCAUGAACGCAUUCAAGAUUCACAAUUUUGGAGUUGGUUCAUCUAUUUGGAGCGUCUUUGAAAGGAACAUGUUCUUACAGAGGGAGCUACUCACAAGGAACAUCUGGUUUGAAGGACCAUGGUCUUUCAACAAUCUGGAUUAUCAAAUAGCUUAUUUAAUUACUUUUGAUGGUGCAAGUCCAGGGGUCCAUUUGAUGAUGCAGUUACUUACAAGGUCAAAAAAUGAUGGAAUUUUAUGUCCCAUCCUCAGUACCCUCCUUACUCUGCUUCUAUCGCCCUUCAUUGUGGCACUCUUGUUCAUUAUUAUCUUGAUGAAGCAAUAGGGUGGGGACUGGAGAUGUGGUAAAACUCAAGAAACAAUUAGAAGCUGUCCCACAUAAGGGUAUUACUAUUCAAGCGUUGGCAACCCAAUUGGGCAGGUUUUAUGAAGGUAAUGCUUACCCUGUUAAAAAUGUUCCAGGAUAAAAUGGGCAAGAGCAACAAGAAACCUCAUACUUGAAAAAUCAGAAAGAGAAUAAAAUCGGAUGGAAGUUGUGGAUUUGUUUCAUCAGGGGAGAUGGGUGUUGGUUGGAAGAAUUUUAAUGGAAGCUAUAAGGACACCAAUAAGUCAUGUGUUGAAGCUUGGGAAAAAUGUUGAAGAAUUGAAACUCAAGUCGGCGAGUGUUAUAAUGUUUGUGUUUGCAAAUAGUUUUUAAUAAAAUAUAUAAACAUACUUAAUUUGUCUUGAACCAGGCAAACAUGAGGAAAUCAACAUACAUGGUGAAAAAGAUGAUAGAGUUUGAAUUUUUAUUUCACCUUUUCCAGUUAAGUCAUGGAUUCGUAAAGUGGGUGAGAUAAAGUGUUAUAUUUCCAUUAACAGACUUUUUCUAUGGGUGGCUUUUACAUCUUGGAGAUUUGCAGUUUGUUUAGGAUCUAACAGAAAAGGGUAAGUUCUUGCAUAAACUAUGAUUAUAAAGAGUUCACUGAAAAGGGUGUCAAAGAUUUUUAUCCGGAAGGAAAGCUAAAAAGAUUGAUUCUGCGAUGGAAUCGGAAAGGAAAACCUAUGAUUAAUAAAUCAUUGCCAAUUAACUUCAUUCCAUUCAUGGGGGUAUUUUCGUCAUCGUCAGUUAACAUCAUUCCAUUCAUUCUUUUGUUCCUACUCACUAAACAACAUUCAUUAAUAACGCAUUCCAUUGCACCAUUAAUUGCAUUCCCUCUUCCAUUCCGUUCGUUUUUCAUUUCAUUUC